CUCCCUCUAACUCUUUCUCUCUCUUCCUUAUAGUGCUCUGUUUCUUCCCCCCCCACAAUCACACACUCUCCUCUCUCUCUCUCUCUCUCUCUCUAUCUUCCUUUACAUUCACUUCUCUAUCUUUUUUAUAUCUUGGAGGUGAAGAAGCAAAGAAUUUUGGGGCAGCAGAUUAUAAAAGUUUCCUCGCGUUGAAAGAUUUGACUGUUAAUCUUGAUGAUUUAAUCGAUUGAUUAGAUCCACAAGCUCUUUCUUCCUCCCAAAAAAAAGAAAGAAAGAGAAAAUCAAUGGCGGUUUAUCCUAAUGUUAAUGGCGAUAAGAAGCACUGGUGGUUCACUCAAAGAAAGCUUGUUGAUAAGUACAUUAAAGAUGCAAGGACUUUGAUGGCAAGUGAGGAGCUAAACGACGUCACUUCAGCUGUUCAUUUGCUUGACGCAGCGUUGUCCAUAUCGCCGCGUUUGGAGACGGCGUUAGAGCUUAAGGCUAGAUCUCUGCUUUUCCUCCGUCGUUUCAAAGAAGUCGCCGAUAUGCUUCACGAUUACAUUCCCAGUCUUAAGCUGGCCGUUAACGACGAAGAAGCCUCCUCUCUAUCGGAAGGCUCUUCCUCCUCCUCCUCCUCCUCGCGCGACGGAGUUAAGCUUCUCUCCGACGCGUCUUCACCCGGACAUGAUUCGUCGUUCAAAUGCUUCUCUGUUUCUGAUUUGAAGAAGAAAGUGAUGGCAGGGAUCUGUAAGAAAUGCGACAAGGAGGGGCAAUGGAGGUAUGUUGUGUUGGGGCAAGCUUGUUGCCAUCUAGGACUAAUGGAGGAUGCGAUGGUUCUACUUCAAACCGGGAAACGUCUCGCCUCCGCCGAGUUUCGUCGCCGGAGUAUUUGCUGGUCCGACGAUAGCUUCAUACUCCUCUCCGAAUCCUCCUCCGCGUCUCCACCACGCAACCUCACGGAGAGCGAGAAUUUCACUCACCUCCUCGCUCACAUAAAGCUCCUUCUCCGUCGUCGCGCCGCUGCAAUCGCCGCACUCGAUGCCGGGCUUUUCUCUGAGUCAAUCCGUCACUUCUCGAAGAUCGUCGAUGGUCGUCGUCCUGCGCCGCAAGGAUUCCUCGCCGAAUGCUAUAUGCACCGGGCCGUCGCGUAUAGAUCGGCCGGUAGAAUCGCGGAGGCGAUCGCCGAUUGCAACAAAACCCUAGCUCUUGAACCGUCAUGUAUCCAAGCGCUGGAGACCAGAGCCGCGCUUCUGGAAACAGUACGGUGUUUUCCAGAUUCGCUUCACGAUUUGGAACACUUGAAGCUUCUCUACAACACAAUUUUACGAGAUCGGAAACUUCCAGGCCCGAUCUGGAAGCGGCACAAUGUCAAGUACAGAGAAAUCCCUGGGAGAUUGUGCGUGCUGACAACCAAAACGCAGAAGCUGAAGCAGAAAAUCGCAAACGGAGAAACUGGGAAUGUCGACUAUUACGGUUUGAUCGGAGUCAGACGCGGAUGCACCAGAUCAGAGCUGGACCGAGCUCAUCUAUUGCUGUGUUUGAGAUACAAACCCGAUCGAGCCUCGUCUUUCAUCGAACGGUGCGAGUUCACCGAGCAAAACGACGUCGAUUCGGUCAGAGAUCGAGCGAAGAUGUCUUCGCUGUUGCUUUACCGCUUGAUUCAGAAGGGAUAUUCCGCCGUGACGGCGAUCAUAGCCGAGGAGGCGACUGAGAAGCUGAGAAAGAACACUGCGGCGGCUCAGGCUCAGGCUCAGGCUCAAGCUCCAACGCCAGUACAGAAGACUGAAGAACGCAAACCGGUUGAAAAAUCCGGUUCGAUUAAGAUAACCGGAAACAUUGAUCCGAAACCGGUAAAUUCCAAUGCUUACCAAGGAGUUUUCUGUAGAGAUCUCGCUGCUGUCGGGAAUCUACUAACUCGGGCUGGUUUUAACCAUCCGAUCCCGGUUAAAUACGAAGCUCUCACCUGCUAAACAUUGGACCGGCAUUUUUCUACCAAAUCAGCGAACGCAAACGCCAAUCAUUUUUGAAUACUUGUCCCGUACAGAAAGAAAAGAAAAAGCAGAAGAUAAUAAUAAGAAUAUAUAAUGUAUGAAUACAAAUGAAAUGUUGUAGAUUAUGGAAAAUUUUGUCACUUUAUUAUCUCCGAUGUUCGUCUAUUUCUAUCUAUUUUUCUUUUAAUGUGCAUAUAAGUAUAUAACAAAGUCACAGAUCGAAGUUCAAAUUA